AGCUUGGCAGCGACUGUAUACAUGGUUUUCAUCACGAUUUUCAUGAGCGACAGUAGACAUAGGGACAUAAGUUGAAGUAACAUCUUUCAAGCGUAGCGGGACAUUGUCUAAAGGACAGGACGCGUUCAUCACUAGAUUCACUACUGCUUCGUUGUUCCUCCUCCCGCCAUCCUCCCCGUCUCCACAUCCACCAUGUCGCACUUCAGUACCCCCGACUUCAGUAUCCCUGACUUCAGUAUCCCUGACUUCAGUACCCCUCACUUCAGUAUCCCCGACUUCAGUAUGCCCGACCUUCCCCCCGAUCACCCCCUCUCACUUCAGCGACUCGCUCCAUUCUAUGACCUUGGUGAUGAGAGCGAGGAUGAAGAGGAUGAAUACGAGGAUUUCAUAACUUUUGUGGAACACGUCUGGGCAGUGGUGAUGAGUGAGAGUCUCUUCCUUAGUGACGGAUAUCAUACGGACGUGUCUGAAGAUGAAGACAAGAGCGAAGAUGAAAGCGAAGAUGAGAGCGAAGAUGAAAGCGAAGAUGAAAGAGAAGAUGAGAGCAAGAGCGCAAGAGGGAGCGACGAAUCUGGGUCGGAUGAGGAAGAAGAAACGUCCCAGUCGGAUAACAGUAUCUCCCACGGAGUAUUGGAGACCUUGGACACCGAAAUACAAUACGGCUCGAACGACAUACAUGAAUGGUUGAAAAACGUCGAGAAUGGGAAACGAAAAGCAGAGGAUGAUCGAGAGAGCCUCGAGGAUCGCCCGGACAGGCGCCAGCGCGUAAAGACUGGGGGCGAAGCGACGAAGAGGAUGUAGGAGAGAAUGACGUCUCCGAAGUCCCACCUUCACCUCGUCAAGCCGACCACGACGAGGCUGCCGCUCAGGGCUUGGUGGCGGAGCCCACUGGACACAAGCAGCCCGUCGCCCCAGUAGAGAGCAUCAAAGAGGCGAAAAGUUGUGAGAUGGCGGGAACAGAGAGCGAGACGGAAGGUGUUGCGUGGGCUCAUCAAGGAGGAUGAUCCUCUGCGCCAAAAAGGGAAUGGCUUGCCAGCUCAAAGACUCAAUGUGAACAAGAGCGGUCAUGGCAUAAGUGGUGUACGUGCGGAGGCGAUCUUGUUGGAAGGAUAUGGCAAGAGGAAAAGGAGCGAGAUCAGAAGAAAGAGGCGGAUAUGGAGAGGUACAAGUGAGAAAAGCUGGAAUCGACAGGCGAAACGUAGAGGCGAAAGAGAAGGUAAACAACGUCACAAAGAAGAGAGUCAUUCUGGACGAGUACUCGUAUGUGUAGCAAUGUGAAGAAG